AUGAGUAGCAGGAAAAAAAAAUCUAUCGAACCAAAGAUGUUCAUUAUUUUACUCUCCGUAGCCUUAUGUUCAACAUCACUAGCCGCUCCUCUCAAUGUGGAAUAUGUUCUUGCACCCGUCCCACUGAAGCAAAGCACAUCAGACAAAUCAAAAAUGAUAGCAAUUGUGCCUCAAAACACGACAAAAAUCGUCAUAAAGUUUGACAAACCGAUUUUGGCCGAAAUCGAGAAGUCAUCGGAUUUCGAAGCAAAUUUUGAGGCGAAAGUUUUUGAAAAGGAGUCCAAAAUUGUGAAGUUGAAAGCGAAAGGCGAACUGAAAAAGCCGGUUAUCGUUAGUAUUAAAGACAAGAAAAAUGGAAAUUCGGUUAAAGUUAUGGUCAAGGUGGAAGAUCAAGAAUCAGCGGAUCAGCAGAAGAAGGAUCAGGAGAAGAAGGAACAAGAUGGAGACAAGAAAGACAAGGAGAAGGUUAGCGAGAAACCGAAGGAACAACCGGAGGAUCAACCGAAAGAUGUACCAAAAGUUGAGAAUAAAGAUAAAGAAACAAAGAAGCCUUAAUUCUUAGCUUUUCUUUUGUUGAAACGUAUGAAGUAAUUCUCUAUA